UCGCUAUGGGCGUGGGGGUCGUAAACGUCGUACUAUCGAUCGUCUUGACGUGUUUACAAUUUGUCGUACGAAAAGGCCAAAGAAUGAUAAGUUUAAAUAUGAUUCUGAUGAAAUGGAUGAUGUUUACAGCGGUGAUGAUUUAGAUUCCGAAGAAAUCGAGGAUGGUUCAAACAUGAGUGAUUAUACAAUUAGUACAAUUAAAUUUCAUUUUUUAAAAGACGAAGAUUAUCACAUUCUUGGUGUGCGUAAAAUGAAAGAUAAACAGAAUUCCCCGAGGCAAUGUACACGUGAUGAUGGUCAAGUCGGUAAUAAUAUGUCAACUCAGAACCAUUCACAGAACAAUGUUCAGGCGAACAUAGUUUCUCGGAGUUCUGUCUCAGCUUCACAAUCUAGACCGAAUUUGGAAGUUCGAUCAAACUCUGAACCACGAGCCGAAGGCUCGUCUUCAAGAGGGAAUACUGAUACACGAAUUUCAAUUGAGGAUUCAUCACGUCCAAAUAUAUUACCCAGAACCCCUACUGAUCAACGAACAGUCCGGCCUAAUUACGAUCCUAAUAUCACUCCAAGAACAG